UAAGUUGUCAUAAACUUGCAAUACCUAACCAAAUUUACAUUGCCUCCACACGAAACAGCUAAGGAUGUGCGAAGUGGUCCUCCCGUGCGAAUACAAUCCGAAGGAAUGCCCGAGUCCUUUGCCGGAGAAAAGCCGUUUGUUCACGAAACUGCUCCUUUAUUGCUGGCAACGGGAGUACGACAAACGACCCUACCAGCAAUUCCAGUUCAAGCGACUGGAAUUCGAGGAGCGGAUCGGCCGGAAGUACCACUGCGUCCGCGACUUCCGGGUCAUAGUCAACUAUCUCCUGCGGCGCCACCAGCUGGCCGUGAAGUUUUCGGGUGUAAACGUUAGCAACUGGGAUGCGGGCCUGCUAAAGGACUUUGCCCGCUCCCUGAUCCCCGUGUGGUACAUCGAGUUGAAUAUGAUGCGAUUGCCCCACGAGUUUUUUGUUAUGCUCCGAUUGAAUGCGAAAAAGAUGGACGUCAGCCAGCUGAACCUUGAAGGCACUCCCCUCACCAACGAAGACGUGCGGAUCCUACGAGAGUUCUUGCUGGUCAGCCCUACGUUGCGCUUGCUCAAUGUGUCCAGAUGCAGCCUGACCCAGUACAACUUUGCCAUGAUCGCGGACGGAGUCCACAAGUCGCCGGGACUGCGUUGCCUGUGUGCCGACCGGCUGCUGGGACUGAGUCUCAGCCUGGACACGGAGAAGAUCACAUCAGUGCUGAGUUCGCUGCUGAUGCAGAACAGACUCUGGAGCCUGUCGUUGCAGCACUGCGAACUGACCGCCCAGGACAUGCUUCCCAUUGCCGAGUACUUGGGACUGCCCACAUCGAAUUUCCGGCGCCUGCGAAUCGGCAACAAUAAAAUCGGCCCAGAUGGAGCCAUGUUCCUGCUGCGAGGAAUCGCCAUUGGGAAGCGUCUGGAAGUGCUGGACAUUAGCUGCAACUCAAUUGGCACACAUGGUGGUGAGUGGGUGUCCAUGUACCUCUCUUCGUGCUUGAAGCUGAACCAUCUGCACUUGAAGUACAACGACAUUCAGCCGGAGGCGAUAAAUAAUAUUUUACUGACCCUGAAGAAAUGUUGCUGGCUGCAGCGCCUGGAAUUGUAUGGUAACCACUUCGACUCGCGUUCCGCGGUGAUUUUGCGCCGUCUUCUGGAUGCCCAGGUAAUGCUCCACCAAGAGGUGGACAUCAGUUACACCUACGACGAGUCCUUGCAGGACUACAGGGUAGUUCCCUGGAGAUAGACAGCUGCUAAGAGUUUGUUUGAUUGUUCUGCAUAACAAUGCAUUGGAACAUACAAUAAAUUGAAAAUCUGUA